AUGGGACGGGGGUUGGUUAGUUUGUUAGUUCGUCUCGGAGGUCCGUCGAUGUCGGCGCGUGACGCAGGCUCGGGGAGUGUUGCCGAAGAGCGUCACGCACUCUGGAAACGGGAUCCAGUCACGUGGCGUGGCACUUGUGUGCUCUUUUCGUCGUCGUCGUCGUGGUUCUUUGUUCGGGGAAGGCUGGCUUCUAGUGUCCAGAGUUUGAACCACUCCAUCGGUGAUGCGGAAGAUCGGCGGCCUCGUUCCUUGUGCAUCAGGAACUUCCCCGUCAAAAGUGCCGGUAAAAAGGGGUACGCGUCAUUGACGGGAAUAAAAUUAUGA